CCCUUUUCACUUUGAGUCCAAGAUGGGAGUUGACAUCAGACACAACAAGGACCGUAAGGUUCACAGGAAAGAGCCCAAGAGCCAGGAUAUCUACCUGCGGCUCCUGGUCAAGUUGUACAGAUUUCUGGCUCGCCGUUCUGAUGCUCCCUUCAACAGGGUCAUCCUGAAGAGACUCUUCAUGAGCAAAUCCAACCGCCCCCCUCUGGCCUUGUCUCGCCUGAUCCGCAAGAUGAAGCUUCAAGGCCGUGAAAACAAGACGGCUGUGGUCGUGGGAACUGUGACGGAUGAUGUCAGAAUUCAGGCCAUCCCCAAGCUGAAGGUGUGUGCUUUGAGGUUGACCACUGGAGCUCGACGCAGGAUCCUGAAAGCUGGUGGACAGGUCAUGACCUUUGAUCAGCUAGCCCUAAGUGCCCCAAAAGGACAGGGCACUGUGCUACUGUCAGGUCCCCGCAAGGCCAGGGAGGUGUACAGGCACUUUGGAAAGGCCCCUGGCACCCCCCACAGCCACACCAAGCCCUAUGUGCGCUCUAAAGGCAGGAAGUUUGAGCGUGCCCGUGGACGCAGAGCCAGUCGUGGCUACAAAAAUUAGAACUCUGUCUUGUUGGUCAGCCUAAUGCAAAUAAAGUUUGGCUAUUAAAUGUCA